CCGGUGCACGCAGCGCGUCGUCACGGACACAGACAGACACUCGGACGGAGGCAGCAUGUUCUCGUGGGGAGAACACAGUGGGACCGGGUUUCGGCUCCAGGACUCCCACGUCGUCCACACGGCAGCAGAGGCUGAAGUUCACUCGUUAAACCUCGGUUAUCACGUCAGUGAUUUGUCCGCGGGCCGCGGUGUUCUCGCGUUUGUCAAAACCAACGGGAACGCCUUCAUCAUCCGCACCAACGAGGGUAAAGAUGGAAAAAGAGUCCGAGGGAAACAGAAGUGUGUCAAGUGUAAAGAGCACAUCGAGGCUGUGAGUUGUUGUGAUGAUGUGGUCGUGCUGUUGUCAAAGGGAGGCUCUGUUUACUGUGUGGACACAACUGUGCCCCCCUUCACCCCCAGGAAGCCAGACGUUCUGAACAACAUUCCCGUUUCUCAGGUUGCCUGUGGAAGUGGGCAUUCACUUGUCCUGACCAAAGAUGGUCAGGUGUACACGUGGGGUCAGGACUCCAGGGGUCAGCUGGGUCUGGGGAAGAGGAAGCCCGGCGCAAACUCACCCCAGCAGCUCAAGUCUCUGUCUGCGAUGCCGCUGGUUCGCGUCGCUGCAGGGGGAGAGCAGAGUUUUGCCCUCUCUGUCUCUGGAGGCGUGUUUGGCUGGGGCAGAAACGACCGCGGACAGCUCGGACUGGGAGACACAGCAGACAGACACAAGCCAACUGCUGUGAAAUGUCUGAACAUGAAGAAAAGUGUUCAGAUCUGCUGUGGGAAGGAUCACACUGCCACUGUGACAAAGGACGGUGCCGUGUUUACAUUUGGCUCGGGUCAGUACGGGCAGCUCGGGCACAACUCGCUCCGCGACGAACUCCGUCCUCGUCUUGUUGCAGAGCUCUUGGGGGCAAAGGUCACCAAGAUUGCAUGUGGAAUGCAUCACACGUUAGUGUUGACAGACUCUGACAAGGUCUACUCCUUUGGGUGCGGAGAGCAAGGGCAACUGGGACGAGGAGGCACGGAGGGUCACCCGUCGGUGCCGCUGCCUGUUCAAUUGCCACAAGGCAGCUGUGACGGUCCCAACAUUAGAAACAUCUACGCCGGAGGAAACUGCUCCUUUGCGACCUGCACGUCUGAUGAGUUCCCUUUGCAGGAGUCGAACACUGACGCCGUCGGAAAUGUCUCACUGUUCUGUCUCGAAGACGUGAUUGACAAAUGGACGUCCACAUGUGAUCCAAAGUCGUGGAAAAAGGUCAAACUGGAAAUCCACAGGGCGUUUUCCUCUGCAGCGUGUGCCAAUCAAAGCUUCCUUGAGAAAAGCAAAGACAAACACUUCCAGACCUCAACAAAGUAUCACGGCUUGAACUUGUCACUCGCAAGACACACUUUCAGGAAACUGGUGAAGACGGAGAAUGUUUUGGCAGAGGUAGAAGCCGCAGUCCUGCACUUGCUUCUUUCCUCUCACGAGCCGCCAGUGGGAGUGGAAGGUCUGAGGAUCUUCCUGCUUCUCAGCGAGCUUCUGUUUAGGAUCCAGAAACACAAAGGGCGACAGAGCACGAAGCUCACAGAGGCGGUCGCUGCCGCUGUGCUCGGCUUACCUGCCGAAAGCCUUCAGGUCAUAGGAAACUGGUGGAACUCACUGUCGGCCUCCACCAUGUCCAAAUAUGUUAUGGUUUGGAAAAAAGCUCUCUCGGUCAUCCUGUCGUCUAAGCCAGUUCCCCGCAACUCUGGAGUCCAAAAUCUGCUGCUCGUCCUCCAGUGUAUGUACAACGCCAACAGCAGGACGGCAGAAUCCCACAGGAUACCGUCAAGCGACUUUUGCCUGGUGGUCGAUGUCAAUUUUCUUCGAGAGGAUCUGGAACAUUGGCUUAUACAGUCGAUGUACAAGAAUGCAAAUGCCAAGCCACUUAUCCUUUGUAGCUUUCCAUUCAUGAUGGAUCUGCAGUCAAAGAAACAAGUUUUUGACAUGUAUACUAAUACCACCAAGAAGAUGACAAUGGGGGACUUCUGGUGGAAUAUGUUCAUUGAAUGUGGACCUGAAAAUUUGCCUCCUGACCUGUUCUUUAACCUGAACCUGAGACGAGACACAAUUUUAGAGGACACUUUUGAAGAACUGUCUGCUGCUCCUCACAGUGACUACAGAAAAUGGCUUGCAGUCCAUUUUGAUGGAAACUCUGCACAUAGCAAUGUCUACAAGAAAGACUUCUUUUAUGACGUCUUUCAUGAGAUGGUGUCAGCUGAGUCGGAGAUGUUCAUUUUCAAUGACGCCAAAACACUGGCAUGGUUCCCCUCCAGGCCAACACAAGACCAUCACAGGUACUUCCUGUUUGGCGUUCUUUGUGGAUUGGCUUUGUACAACCGGUGCAUCAUUUACUUGCCCUUCCCGAUGGCUUUGUUCAAGAAGCUGCUCGGCGUGAAGCCCUCAAUGGAGGACAUGAUGGAAUUCUGUCCCUUUGUUGGAAAGAGUCUGCUGUCCAUCCUGGAAGAGUACGCGGAUCUGGACUUUACAAGCCUAGAAAUGGAUUUUUUAAUCACCUGGGAUGGGACAGAUGUUGACCUUGACCCGGGAAAUCCUGAAAAACCAGUGACAAGUCAAACAAAAAAGGAGUUUGUGGACGCCUAUGUCAACCACGCCUUCAACACCUCAGUGAAAAGUGUGUUUACGGAGUUCAAGCAAGGCUUCUUCGAAGUGUGUGGCCAGGAAAUGGUGAAGCUGUUCCAGCCAAAGGAGCUACAGGAAGUGCUGGUGGGCAGAGACUUUCAUGCCUGGGAAAGACUGAAACAGGACACAAUAUAUGAGGGCGAGUACCAUGUUAGUCACCCCACCAUACAGAUGUUUUGGGAUGUCUUUGAAGAGCUGACUGAGGAUCAGAAGAUAAGCUUCCUAUGGUUCGUGACAGGUUUUGAUAGGGUUCCUAUUCAUGGGAUGGCAAAAAUCCAGAUGAAAAUUCGGGUAAAACAAGAGUGGAACCUCCCCUACGACCAAGACAAGAACCUCCCUGACGACCAGUACUACCCUGAGUCAUACACAUGUCACACUAUGCUGGACCUUCCCUUGUACUCAACAAGGGAGAUUAUGCAAACCAAGCUGAUAGAGGCCCUGAGCAAUAAACGUAAAAACUACAAGUGAUGGUGGAAGACUGUGCCCAAACCUAUUCCCAGUAUCUGCAUUGCAAAGACGACUUAACGCCCAUCCAUUAUCUACCGCUCUAUCCUCCACGUCGAUGCCAGUCCCAGCUGACAUGAGGCGAAAAGGUCGCCAAUCCAUCACAGGACCAACAUACAGAGGCAAACAACCAUUCAAUCUCACACGUGCAGUCAAUUUACAGGACUGUGGGAGGAAACCCACGAGAACCCAGGUAUUUUUGUGGACAAUGCAACAGUGCUAGCUACCACACCACCGUGUGACCCACGGUUUAACAAGGUGACAACCAUUGAUAAGAGGACUUCUGUGUUGGCAAACAUGCAUUAAAAUGUCUUGUGUACAUAUGUAAGAAAAAUACUGCUAUAAAUUUUGUGUGAACCUUAAAAAGAAAAUGCUCAUGCUCAUUUAUAUUAUUUAUUUUUUUCCCAGGGGAACUUCUCAGGAAAUAAUAUCAUGUUUUCUUGGCAAAUCUUCUUAAAUUGUUGCAAGAGCUCUUAUAAAAAUGUAUAUAAAUCACAACUUUAUACAUGUUAUCAUAAUGUGCAAGCAUUGGCCGUCAAAAAAGCUUCACUGAACCAAUUAAAAGCUGCGUUAAUAUGUGUUUACUGUCUGAACUACACAUCUGAAGAAGUUGCACUUGAUAUUGUACACUUUUCAUUAAAUGUCAUUAAAAUUGAAUCAUUACAUUUUCAUUAACAUUCCAUUUUCUACAACAACAACAAAAAUCACUGGAAAAUAAAAUUUGCAUUAACCACAUCACUGUUAAAGACAACAGUGGUGACACUGUGGGCUUUGUUAUUGGAACAGGGGAAUUUCCCUGGAUUAAAGAAAUUAAAAAGUGUUAUGAAGAGAAA